ACCAGUGCUCGUCUCAGAGUCUUCCUCGACCCGGACCUCUCUGUUCACCGCACACGAUUAGCAGGGGCAGCGGCGAGGAAGAUGACGACGACGACGACGACGACAAGGAAGAGACCCUUGACGGUCCCUGAGAUGGCGCUGAGGGUGUGCGUGAUCCCCCUCGCCUUGGCCUCCCUGUGGGAGAUGGCCACCAACAAGCAAGCCGAUGACACCUACGGGGAGAUCAGCUUCUCCAACCUCUCCGGCUUCAAGUAUUUAGUUUUCAUUAACGCUGUCACUGCCGCCUAUUCCGUGGUCUCCAUCCUGAUGUCAUCCUUCAAGUCCCUCGCUCGCUACGAUUGGCUCAUUUUCCUCCUGGAUCAGGCGGCGGCGUACCUGCUGGUGACAUCGUGCUCGGCGGCGGCGGAGCUGGUGUACCUGGCAAGGGAGGGCGACCGGGAGGUGUCGUGGGGCGAGGUGUGCUCCUACUUCGGUUGGUUCUGCGGCAGGGCCACCGUGUCCGUGGCGCUGCAGGCCGCCGCGCUGCUCUGCUUCGUCGCGCUCUCCCUCGUCUCCGCCUUCCGGGUCUUCCGCGAGUUCGACGCCCCUGGUGCUCAUGUUGAUUGCUCGGGGGACUCUGACUCCAAGCAGGCGCAAGAGCAAGGACGAAGGUAGAGGAUGAUCCAUGAUGAACAAUCGCUGAUAUUUGGACCAUCGUUCGUUUAUGUGUCAAUGGUUGGCGAUGGCGAUGCGUCCUUGGUUUUCUUUACGAAUGCUGUUUUCGGGAGGAGAAAUGUUGUGAAAUAAACUAUAUUGUUGUUAGAAAAAAGUUGAGGUUGUGUGCCA